GUACCGCCCGCCCCUGAACAAAGCACGGCUGCCCAUCUAUAUCCUUGAAAUCGGUUACAGCUCCGACGUUCGCCAUUUGGACAAGCGGGAAGAAAAAUCUCAGCAACACCAAGAACUCAAGCGACUGCUGGAAGCGGCCGGAUGGACGGUCCACUACUCCACCAAUGAAUGCCUUGCGCUCGGAGUGACUGGGGCCAUCCCUUGCAACCUCACUAAGCUGCUCACCUCUCAACUUGGGGUGACCCACACAGCCGCACGAGUAUGCGGAGAGAGGCUCCACACACACGCUGUGAACAGUGCGGGCGGCAUUAUCAAAAUGCGCCGAGUAACCGAGCAGGAACUCAAACCGAGAGGUGGGUGAGCCACGGCUCCCCCACACCUCCUCGGAGUGCGUGGUGAGGUGGCAGCGCGAGGGGGAUGGGCCUCCUCGCCCUAGCCACCUUACCCCGAUAAUCCACGCCAGGCCCCAUGGGCCGGCGUUUGAAUUAUUAUUAUUAUUGUCGACUCGGGCUGCUAUCCUAACGCUAACUUCCUGUUUGCUACCCUGCCCGCCCCCACCACGGAUUCUUCCAAGUGAGUCCCGGCUGAUUAAGCGUGCGUUAAGACUGUUGGUGCCAAGCAUAACCAGUAAACGGAUAAAAAUAAUGCCUGCUGAUUGUCCGCAGGGUCAUCGCGCGCGCCCUAGCUCAGCAGUGCCUGGCACGUGGCAGAGGGAGCGAUCCCUGUCCUGUCGACUACAGCGUCUACAAGACCAUUCCGUUGCCCGCGGAUGUUUGGCGCAAUACCCUUGUGUGCCCAGGGUCCCCUAUGGAUGUUUUCCUAACAUGCGACAAUCUCAGCCCGGCAUUUGGCGGCAGCAUUGGAGCAUGCCUGGAUAACCCACUGUGCACGUGGGCGGAUGUGUCGAGAGUUUUAUCUUCUGCCGCGUACAACAGGAUACAGCCUGCCUCAGCGGACACUUUGGCCCAGCAGUUUGACCCUGCGUUUGACGCUGACACAAUGCUCACGAUGUUGCCGAACCUUUUUUUCUUCGACGGGUAUUAUGAUUCAGCAUGGCCGCAUGAGGAAAGGCAGAGGCAACUCUGCGUGGCCAAAUGGGCUACCAAUCAGUCCUACCUGGCACAGAUGUACUCAACUUACCUGAAACCAGCAUACCAGAAGUUGCUAAGCGACUACAUAUUGAGGAACAUAACGUACACACUUGCAACGUACUACAACACGGUGUACAUCAAUACCAGUUUCAUCUCACACUUCUAUGGCGCCUGCCCUGUUUCCAUGCGAGCCAUCACUGCUAGCAUCAAGUGUGAUUCGAUCGAAGACAGCCGAGAGGCAUGCAACUACGUACCUUACUGCGCAUGGUAUGACGGCUUCUGCCAGCUGGCGCAUCUGGAGCCCUUGGUCGUUCAGGACAACAGCAUCUUCACUUCUGACCCUUGGGCCAGGGCCAUCAUGAACUUGUCGAACAUGUGCAUGCCACUAAACACUUUUGGAAUUCACGGGAAUCGGCCAAUUUAUGCUAGCAGUACAUAUGGAUCGCCCAACUGCUCCGAGUUCCUGGCAUCGGACUUUGGGCGUCAGAGCUCACCUGUCAUGUUCAAUGCGGCAAGCAAUGUCCUGGAUCCCGCUGGGCCUUACUAUCCAACCAACCUGCAGGCUUCAUUCUAUGUGCCUGCCGGCACGAAUGGCACCGCCGGACAAAGCGGUGGCAGUAGCAAUGGUGGCAGCAGCAGCCGUGCACCCAACCCGUACACUAAUGCGCCUGCAACUAGUGGUGGUGGUACGGGUGGCAGUGGUCGCACUCGGGUUCCGGUGUGGGGUGUAGUUGUGUUAAUGUUCGCGCUCAUUGCACUGGCACGUACGCCCAGUUGGUAGGUGUGCCAAUCAAGGGGCCGCCUCGAGCGUUCUCCGCAACUGCUGCGUGUAUGCCGCCGUGGGUUGAGCCAUGCCGUUGAGCACGAGCCUUGAUGGGGUGAUGAGGAUGAUACGCAUGCACGCAGUGAUGACUUGGACAUGACUUAUACACCUAGUAGUUAUGAUCCUCGUUGUUGUGCAACUCUCUACCUCUGUGCUGCUUGUACGGUGGCGUCUAGUAGCUUUCCAGGAGCAAUCACUGCAUCCAGCAGAUUGUGGUGUUGGCCAAGCAAUCAGCAGGAAGUAAUGAUCUGAAUCCGUGCAAGGCAGGUAGGGGUGCGUGGGCCGGUCACGUUGAUGGUCUUGCAGCCCCCAGCCCGUGGGCUGUAACUGUGUAAUCCACUGGCUAG